AUGGAUGGCCCCAACUUUGCCAACUUAGCGCAGCAUAUCCAGAACAUGGCGCAGGCAGCGGAAGGGCUGGCCGCUGAGGCGCACAAUCUGCCAAACUGGGAGCCUGCGGCGCAGAGCGAGGCGCUGGCGCAAGUGCAGGUGGCGCAGCAACAGCUGCAGCAGCAGCAAAUGCAGCAGAUGCAGCAGAUGCAGCAGCAACAGACGCAGCAGCUGCAGCGGCACAUAGAGGCAGUGGACCACAACUCGCUCGCGCGGCUCAUGAACACCCGCUUACUUCGUGGUGACGACUAUGUCACGUAG